CUAAAGUCUCGAGACGUUUUUCAGCAACAUCUUUUUUUUAUUACGAGUAUUUUAUUUUACUAUUCCCUUUAGCCCUUCCUUCCCAACAAUUCGACAUCAUUCAUUUUGCAGAAAACAUACCAAAAACACAAAACCAUCUCCGAUCCACCUUCAAACAGUUAAAAUCCUCUCUCCUACAAUCUCAAUCUUCCACCUUCACACUCCCCCAAAAAUGGAACCAGAUGUAAGCAUUGAGUCAAUGUGCACGAUCCGAAUAGCAGUGCUUCCAAUCGGCCAAAUCUCACCAUCCCUUUUCAGAGAAUACGCUUCUCUGUUAACCCUUCACUCAAAAAUCGAUCUUUCAUCAAUCAGUUCAUUCUACACUGAACACCAGAAAUCCCCCUUUACCCAUCAACCUUGGGAUUCUGGGUGUCUUCGUUUUAAGUUCAUUCUUGGUGGGUCACCUCCUAGCCCUUGGGAAGAUUUUCAAUCCAAUCGUAAAAUCCUUUCUGUAAUCGGGAUCUUUCAUUGCCCUUCUUCCCCUGAUCUUGAUUCUGUCAAUGAUCAGUUUAACAUUGUUUGUAAGGGGUAUAACUCUUCUUUGUCUCAGAAGUGCUUUGGGUUUUGCCCUAGUGAUGAGCAGCUUAAAGAUGGCAAUAGAAGACAGGACAAUUUGAAUUUGUUUCCUCCUGCCGAUAGACAGACUCUGGAGAUGCAUAUGCACACAAUGAUGCAGGAUAUCGCUGCUUCAUUGUUGAUGGAAUUCGAGAAAUGGGUCCUCAAAGCAGAAUCUGCUGGGACAAUUGUCAAGACACCUCUGGAUUCACAAGCCAGUCUCAGCUCAGAGGAGGUGAUCAAGGCAAAAAAGCGGAGACUUGGCCGUGCACAGAAAACCAUAGGAGAUUACUGUCUUUUAGCCGGUUCACCUGUUGAUGCCAAUGCCCACUACAAUACUGCUUUAGAACUUGCCAGAUUGACAGGGGACUUUUUCUGGUACGCUGGGGCGCUUGAGGGCAGUGUUUGUGCAUUAAUGAUGGAUCGUAUAGGCCAGAGGGAUCCAGUUUUGGAGGACGAGGUGAAGUAUCGGUAUAAUAGUGUCAUUGUACACUAUAGGAAGUCAUUCAUACAGGACAAUUCACAGAGAGUUUCACCUGUGAGCUUUGAACUUGAGGCUACUUUGAGGCUGGCCCGAUUCCUUUGCAGAAGGGAACAAUCUAAAGACGUAGUAGAACUACUGACAAAUGCAGCAGAUGGCGCAAAAUCCUUGAUUGAUGCCACUGAUCGAUUAGUACUAUAUGUUGAGAUAGCUCGACUUUAUGCAAGGCUUGGGUAUGAGAGAAAAGCCGCCUUCUUCUCAAGGCUGGUAGCACAGCUGUAUCUGCAACAGGAUAAUAGAUUUGCUGCUAUAAGUGCCUUGCAAGUGUUGGCUAUAUCAACAAAAGCUUAUCGUGUUGAAAGCAAAGCAUCUAGGGCCAGAGAUCCGCUUCCUGAAAAUGGAUCAAGUCCUGUGGAUGGUGGAAAGAUGAAUCUCAAUUCUAUAGUUUCACUAUUCGAGUCCCAGUGGAGCACUCUACAGAUGGUUGUGCUUAGAGAAAUUCUUCAAUCUUCUGUGCGAGCAGGUGAUCCUCUUGCUGCAUGGAGUGCGGCUGCGCGACUGUUGAGAAGUUACUAUCCUCUUAUUACACCAGCUGGUCAAGAUGGUCUUGCAACUGCUCUAACGAACUCAGCAGCUAGGCUUCCUUCAGGGACUCGCUCUGCUGACCCUGCUUUGCCUUUCAUUCGGUUACAUUCUUUCCCAAUCAGUCCAUCUCAGACGGAUAUUGUGAAGCGCACUUCUGGAAGAGAAGAUUGGUGGGCGGGUGCUGCUCCUUCAGGACCUUUUAUUUACACUCCAUUUAGCAAAGGGGACACUAAUAUUAACAGUAAGCAAGAGCUGAUUUGGGUUGUUGGUGAACCAGUUCAGGUGCUUGUUGAAUUGGCCAACCCAUGUGGUUUUGAUUUGGUUGUCGAUAGUAUUUAUCUCUCAGUUCCUACUGGAAACUUUGAUGCUUUCCCCAUCAGUGUGACUCUUUCCUCUAAUUCAUCAAAAGUUAUUGCAUUAUCUGGAAUUCCUACAUCUGUGGGACCCAUAACAGUUCCAGGAUGCAUUGUUCACUGCUUUGGAGUUAUCACUGAACAUCUUUUUAGAGACGUUGAUAACCUGCUGCUUGGUGCAGCACAAGGGCUUGUUUUGUCUGAUCCUUUCCGCAGCAGUGGCUCCCCAACUUUGAGAAAUGUAUCAGUCCCAAAUGUUUCCGUGGUUUCACCUCUGCCAUUGCUUGUCUCUCAUGUUGUAGGUGGUGAUGGCGCUGUCAUUUUAUAUGAAGGUGAAAUUCGUGAUGUGUGUAUAAGCCUGGCCAAUGCAGGGACAGUUCCAGUUGAGCAAGCACAUAUAUCAUUGUCUGGGAAAAACCAAGAUGCUGUUGUUUCAAUUGCAUAUGAAAAUUUGAAAUCUGCCCUUCCACUUAAACCAGGUGCAGAGAUCACUUUACCAGUGACGAUCAGAGCCUGGCAACAUACCACUGUGGACUUUGAUACUGCUGCAGGGAGGUCUGGGGGUUUUGGACGACAGUCAAAAGAUGGGACCAGCCCGAUGUUGAUGAUUCAUUAUGCAGGGCCCUCGGGAUGUGACAUGGAGUCUGCAGCAGACAAUACCAUUGUACCUCCUGGAAGACGCUUAGUUGUGCCAUUGAAUGUCUGUGUUUCACAGGGAUUAUGUUUUGUGAAGGCUCGUAUGUUGUCAAUGGAGAUUCCUGCUCAUGUUGGCAAAAACAUUCCUAAACCAUCUAUAGCAGACAAUGAUACUGAGCUAUCUUCAGGCUCUAACAGAAUUGAAAGAUUGGUGAAAAAGGAUCCAUAUAGGGGUACUUGGGGACUGCGUUUCCUUGAACUUGAGCUGUCUAAUCCUACUGAUGUUGUAUUUGAUAUUAGCGUUUCUGUUCUGCUCGAAAAUUCUAGUAACGAGGAUAGUUCUACUGACCAAGAACCUGCUGAGUUUGGCUAUCCAAAAACCACCAUUGAUAGGGAUUCCUCUGCUAGAGUGCUGAUACCACUGGAACAUUUUAAGUUACCAGUUCUUGAUGCUUCCUUUUUUAUUAAGGAGCGUUUGGUUGAUAGAACUUCUAGUGGUAGAAAUUCAAGCUAUUCAGAGAAGAGUGCUAAAGCCGAGCUAAAUGCUUGUAUAAAGAACUUGAUAUCAAGGAUUAAAGUCCGAUGGGAAUCUGGAAGGAACAACACUGGAGAACUGAAUAUCAAGGAUGCAAUGCGAGCGGCCCUUCAAUCAUCUGUUAUGGAUGUGCUGCUCCCUGAUCCCUUGACUUUUGCCUUUCGGCUUGCUCGGGGUGGUUUAGGAGAUGAUCUACAGAGUUCUGCAACAGAGAGCUCAGUGUUAGCACAUGACAUGACUCCUAUGGAAGUUCUGGUUCGUAAUAAUACCAAGGAAUUGAUCAAGAUGAAUCUCAGCAUUACAUGCAGAGACGUAGCUGGAGAGAACUGUCUUGAGGGUCCCAACGCUACUGUAUUGUGGGCUGGUGUUCUCUCUGGAAUUACUUUGGAAGUACCUCCGCUUCAGGAAAUUAAGCACCAAUUCUCAUUGUAUUUCCUCGUACCUGGUGAAUACACCUUAGUUGCUGCCUCAGUGAUCAAUGAUGCUAACGAGAUCCUUAGGGCACGUGCAAGAAGUGAUUCACCCACCGAACCAAUUUUCUGUCGAGGACCUCCUGUUCACAUCAAUGUUUGUGGGGCGGCAUGAUUGGUGGUUUGCUGAAAUUGAUUGCCGGUAAUUAGGCUGAGAUUAGCAGGUUACUUUAUACAUUGUAAUUGAAUACAAAUCCGGCUUUUGGGUCCCGUUGCAGACAUCAUUUGAGUUUGUACCCGUUGUUGCAUAAUUUUGCUGCUCUAGGGGUUGUUGAGUUGGAACUUUGGUGAUCAGCAUAUGGGCAUACAGCUAGGUGUGAAAGCCUAUUAGGUUGUAUACAUGUAUCAUUAUGAUUCGAAUUCUGGGUUUUUUUUUUUUUUUUUGGGUAGUUCCUUUUAGAAUUCUCUGGGCUACUCUGAUAACUAUCUCAUCUUCCAAAUUUUUGGAAAAAUUGAUUGAGCAUUUUUUUUAAUUGAAAUGUUUCAUUGUUAGACUGCACCAAUAUUUGAAAUAAUAGUCAAAAUUCAGAUACUUGUUACUUGAA